UAUUUUUUGGUCUACGAGUCUGCACUAGAAUGGUAUUCACUUUGGUUGUGAUCAUUGCUCUAUUUACUCUUGCCAACCAGAUGGUAGUACAAGCUGCUGACCUGACAUGCAUUAUUGGACCUCAUCACAAAGCGUCUCCUUCACCUGAGCCCGACAUUAGAGCAGAUACUGCAUGCAGCCGAUAUUCCAGCCUUUCUUGCUGCACAGCUAACACCUCGCAUUCAAUUGACCAACAGGGUGAGCGAGAGCUGUACAAUCACCACUGGGAUGACUGCGGUAUGAUAUCAACUGAAUGUGAACGCUACCUGAAAGUCGACACCUGUUUUUUCUCAUGCGAUCCCUAUUUUGGACAGUGGAAAACCUCGGAGACGGAGGAAUUGCCAGUUUCUGGUCUACCUGUAUGCGCUUCCUCUUGUGACGAGUGGUUCGACGCAUGCAAAGACGUACCUGUUUGUGCACAAAACUGGUUAACAGACUUCAAAGAAGAUAAUGAAACGGGCCGUUUGCAUUGCGUCACAAAGACAUGUAGUACCUUUGCAGAACGGUAUCAAAAUGGCAAGGGACUGUGUGAAACCAUAUGGGGAGAUGGAUACCGAUAUGUUGCAGAUAACGAUAAUUGUAUGGUAUUUGACUUCACUGGUGACAAUCCUAAUGCAAACGUGACGAAAGACAUCAGUGGAGCUCAUAGCUUUGAACGCAGGCAAAGUAGUCUGUCGUUUGUGCUUGCAUUCUUGUCAUAUAUUCUUCUCCAGUUCUGAAGAAAGAAACGGUUGGUCACCAAUACCAGAGUGGAAACUUUAUGAUGAGAUGCAUGGUCAUACACAAGUCUCUAUAAUAUUCCACCCUUUAAUAUACCAUGAUUGUUAUGUGUAGCAAUAAAUGACGUCUGUAGUGCAUGCAUGUACGUUUCACUUUCUGUCAUUUAACCGUAUUUGAAUGACACCGUCUUCGAAUAAAUGGUU